GGCGUCGCCAUUCGCCAAUCAAUGAUAGUGUAUUGUUUGUAUAUAAAAAUCUAUUUAAUCGGAUAUAAGGUUGUAUGAUUUAUGUAUUCAUGGAAAUUGAUGGCAAAUACGUAGAAAAGCAUUAUGAAGCUUAAAAAACUCAAAGCAGAUAAUGAGGAGCCGGCUCCACCCGUGCCUCCUCAAGCUGAGAUCAUUGAAGCCGAUUUAUAUAAGCGCUCGUAUUUUGGUCCUGAUGUACCGACUCUGGAGUUGGAGUGCUGGGAGGAGGAGCUGUCAGAGGCACAAUUGCAAGCGUAUAAAAACGCUGAUGAGGAAUAUAAGAGCAUUCAAAACAAACUUGAUGUUAUCGUUAAAGAUACUGGAGGUGAAAUUGUUUACAAUGGAGAUCAGUUUACUGCUUACCAAUUGCUUGGAAAGCAGCCAGUUCUCAAAGAUUUGGAACGGCAGAGUGCUGAUAUCAUUCGAUCUAGAUCCCGGUCUCUCUCAAUUUGUAAAGAGAAGGAGAAAGAAAAUAAGGGUCGUAGAGGACGACCAAGAAAGAAUCGUGAGGAAGACCGGGAUUACUCUCCAUCAUCAGACAGAGCAAAAUCGCCAGAACUUCGCCAUAAGAAGAAGAAAAAGGACAAGGAUAAGAAAAAAGAUGAUAAAAAGAGGGAUGAUGAUAAGGAAGUCACUAAAACUAAAGACAAAACUUUGGCACCAUCUAUUGUACACAGUGUAGUUAAUAAUGUUCGUCCAUCUGAAGCAACUGCGGUAGGUGGGUUGCUUACCGGCAGUGCAACUAAAACUACAGCAAUUGUAGACCUUACCAAAGACGAUGGUAAUAAGAAUGUUGCUGACUCUCGGGAGGUAUCGUUUAAUAAGUUACAAGGCAAGACGUUCCCGUCGCUGGUGGUGGUGGCGCGGCCCUACCUGCGCUCCAAGGAGAGCCCGCCCAGCGCCGACCGCGCCGCGCUGGACAGCAAGGUCAAGUCCGUGCUCAUCCACACGCCCAUGAAGUUCACGGAGUGGCUCAUCCAGCAGGGCCUCGUGCGCUCCGAGCAGUGGUGCGCCGUGCACGCCGGCAACAAGCUCAAGCUGGGCAUGUAUUCCGACGUGUCGAAGUUCCCGUACUCCGGCGGAUACGUGUGGAUAUCCGAGUGUUGCCCCACGCGGUUCGUCUCCGUAUUCUCCAGCUCUAUCUUCGAAGGCGCUACAUUCCCCCCAAGUGUGCUCCUUAAACUUAUUUACCAUUGGGCAUGCCAGACAAACGUACAGAAUGUCGUACAAUGGGUCAAAGUAGACAAUUUGUAUGUCAAGGGUCUCUUUACGUGGUUAAGGGCGGUGUGUACUUCAGCGAUUCAUCACCAUAUGGGUCUACUAGGUGGACAAGGAAAGAAGGUCGAAGUGGGGGUGAUAUCUUUGGGAACGACUAGCCAUGACGGCACUCAGAGACAGGUUAAAGUUGAAGUGUUGGGUGUGCUGGAUCCUGUUGAGAAAUUGAUUCGCCUUCGUGCAGUCGAACCAUUGGCGGAAUACGAAAAAAACUACAAGAAGCGGUUCCAGAAGAUUCUCGAACCACUCACCAACUGGGUUCAUCCCUCCUCAGUUAUACUGACAGAUUUAACAGUUGACAAAGGAACAUUAGUGUCCAUGGGCUUUAAGACUGUCCACCAAUCGACUUCGCAUUCAGAUCAGCCGAUGAAGUACAGCAAUGCUAAUAUAAUGGAGUACCUUCGAAGGAUUGUGCCCAGAAUGUUCCAGAACACACUAUCGCUGCUUUCAAGGCAGAUAAUUCAGCAAUUUCUUGAUGAACUAGUAUGGAGAGAAAAAUUCGGCGUAUCUCCUGGUCAAGCGUUCGAUAAUAUCGUCGCUCAUAUUGCCGAGCAAACAAAAAUGGAGGCCAAAGAUCCAAUCACUAUUCGACUUAACAAGAUUGCUUCCAAUCCAUUCAAGAAUUGGAAAUAUCCUAGUAAGAAAAAAGACAAAACUGAAGACCCUGAGCCGGAAGUUCGCAGCAAACGCGGUAGAAAGAAGAAGGAACCGUCACCGUCACCUCCGCCGAAGAAAAGGAAGAAGGAAAAGACGGCCUACGUCGAGGAUGAUGAUGACGAGGAGGAGGUACCAUUGGCUCUUCGUCGUACAAAGAUUAAGCAGGAGAAAACAAAGGAGAAGGAGGAGACACCCACGCCACGUGGACGUCGCAAGACCGUCCGCUCCUAUGUAGAUGACGACCUCGACGAUGUACCGCUGAAGAAUAUCAAGAAGGAAAUCAAGCCCGAGGAGACCGUGUCUCUGGAACGCUUCUACUUCGGACAAACCAAGGAGGGAGAGACAGAAAAUGAAGCUAUCGCUGUCGAGUGCCCGCUCUGCCACGAGCAGUUCACGGAGAGCGCGCCGCUGGCGGAGCACCUGUUCGCGCACGCCGUGCCGCCGCCCGCCGGCGCCGCGCCCGACGCGCCGCAGUGCGCCUUCUGCCUCGCGCGCUUCCCCUCGCGCGACGAGCUCGACGCGCAUCUCAAGAUCUCGCACCCCGUCGACACCAAGUCGCCCGACCUCUUCACCUACGCGUGCCUCAUCUGUGAGGUGCGGUUCGCGGCGGUGCUGACGCUGGCGGCGCACAUGCAGAAGGCGCACGCGCCGCGCGAGCUGCCGUACGCGUGCGGCUCGUGCGCCUACCGCGCGUCCGCGCACCGCGCCGCGCUGCAGCACCGCGCCGCGCGACACGCCCGCGCGCGCGCGCUGCACUGCCCGCACUGCCUCAAGGUGAUACCGAUAUACGCAGACGGCCACGAACUGACAUCGAACGUAUUGGUGUACAUUGAUCAUCUAAAACAACACCAGGAUAAGGAAUUAGAAGUUAGAUGUAACAGAUGCGUGUUGAAGUUCGUACAUCUUGGCCAACUUAAAGAGCACCAAAUUCGUGAUCACAAACCUGUAGAUGAUGUAAUUCCAUUGUGCUCUGAAGAGCAUUUGAUAAAUCAACCCAAGAACAAAGCGCGACCACCAGUCAAAGAUUCAACGAGUCACGCCAUCAGUGAUACCUACGAGCAGACGACACUAGUGCUGCCAGACGGUUUCCUCUGCCGCGAGUGCGACACGCCACUCGAUAGCGACAAGCACUUUUUGGGGCGCACGAAAUGCAGCAAGUGCCCAUACGCGACGUCGUGCUACCGCGGCAUGUUGCGGCACAGCGGCUACUGCGCGGGGCCCUUCUCGCUCGAGGUCGCUCCGCGUCGCGCCGCCACUCGCCUGUACUGCGUCUGCGGGUACGCCACCGACAUCGGCACAGACAUGCUGACCCAUUUAUUGGCUACACAUCACACAAGUGCUUACACUUCAGAAGAGGACGCCCGGGCCAAUACAGUAAGGGAUGAGAGUUAUCCACCUAAGGCAACUGAAGAGCCCGUGGAACCGCCUGUGGAGAGCUUGCCUGCAAUACCGGAUUAUGCUCCACCUUCAGUUAUCAACACACAGUUAUCACUGGACGACCUAGCACCACCCUCUGUUUUGCAAUCGGAUCAGCAUGACCAGGAGCUACUGAAGGAUGCAUAUGAUAGACCGUUGGCUACCCCACGUCAUGAAGAAGCACAUUAUAGCCUUGGAGAUUUUGAGCCUCUCCCUCAAGAGCCGCCUCCUCAACCAGACUUCGAACAACUUUAAAAUUUCUCACAAUAAAAUGGUACAUUUAUGUACAUUGUUUAUUAAAAAAAAUUAUAAUUUUAAAGUGCAGUGAAGGAAAAAAUAUUCUUAACUAAAGAUUAUGUAAUAUAUUAUUUGGCUCAUUAAUAUAAUAAUAAAGUGGAAAUGUUUUAAACAA